UUAUAUCUACCUGUUUGAGAAAGAAUAUAAUGUCAGUCGUCGCAGGGCAGUGAAGUAGUGUUGAAAUGAAAUCAAAAGAGAAGAGCAGAUAAAGAUGGAGGGGAUUCAACUGUGAAUAAAUCCCGCUUACAUUGGCUUGGCAUCUGGCUUCAUUGUGAGACAAAACAUGCGGGAAUCAAGACAGAGUCUUGAGGAAGCUCGAUCUUUGUUUGAUGCAAUGCCAUCUAGAGAUCUUAUUUCAUGGACGGAGAUGAUUCAAGGGCAUGUCAAAAACGGGGGAUAUAACGAGGCCCUCAAAUUGUUUCGUCUAAUGACUAAGGCUCGAAUCAAACCUGAUUCCCUCACGGUUACAAGCAUUCUUCCAGCUUGUGCAAGAGUACCGGCUCAUAAGCAAGGGAAAGAACUACAUGCUUACUUGUUUAGGAAUGGAAUAGACAUGAAUCUAACAGUCCAGAAUGCUUUUAUGGACAUGUAUGUCAAAUCAGGUUUCAUUGAAUUAGCAUCAAAUGUUUUCACUUCCAUGGUGGAGAGAGAUAUUAUCUCUUGGACUAUAAUGAUAUCGGGAUAUAGCUUGCAUGGACAGGGGGCACAAGGACUAGGAUUGGUUUUGGAGAUGGAGCAAGACUCCAGCUUAGAGAUAGAUGAGUUCACAUACGCUGCAGUUCUCCAUGCUUGUGUGACUGCUUGCAGGGUCGAUGUAGGAAUGUCUUACUUUGAUCGUAUUAAGGCACCCACUGUUACACAUUGUGUUCUGAUGGUAUCCCUUCUAGCUCGUGCUGGACUCUUCAAUGACGCACGCACCUUUAUUAAGGAACACCAGAUUGAGAAUAGGGUAGAGGUAUUAAGAGCUUUGUUAGAUGGAUGCAGGAUCCACCAGCAAGUAACGAUGGGGAAGCGAAUUGUUGAGCAGCUUUGUGAGUUGGAGCCUCUCAAUGCUGAGAACUAUGUUUUACUGUCGAAUUGGUAUGCGGAGAAUGCAAAAUGGGACAUGGUUGAUAAACUAAAGACAACAAUCAAAGACAUGGGUUUGAAACCUAAAAGAGCAUACAGUUGGAUAGAGUUUCGAAACAAAGUUCAUGUGUUUGGAACAGGAGAUGUUUCCCAUCCCAGAUCUGAGAUGAUACAUUGGAAGUUGCAGCAUUUGAUGAAGAAAAUGGAAGAAGAAGAAGGAGGAGAUAGACCUAGUUCGAUAUUUAGCUUCCAUGAUGUCGAUGAAGAACGUGAAUGUAUUCUAAUCGGACAUUGUGAAAUAUUAGCCAUAUCUUUUGGGCUUAUCAGCACACAGGAAAGAGCAACUGUUCGUGUUACAAAGAAUCUCCGAGUAUGUGGAAGCUGCCAUGACUUUACAAAGGCCAUAUCCAAGAUAGUAGAAAGAGAAAUUAUUAUAAAAGAUCCUAAUUGUUUCCACCAUUUUAAGAAUGGUCACUGUUCAUGUGGAGGUCUUUGGUGAUUUCUUUUUUGCACCUUAUAUCUAUCUGUUUAUCUAUCUAUCUAUAUAUA